AUGGACCUUGACAGUAAGGUCACCCUCAAAGACCGAGUUUGCCAGAUUACAUGGGGAUGGUACUCCAUGUCCAUGGCCACUGGAGGCAUCGCUGUCCUUCUCUACCGCACACCUCACAAAUUCACCGGCCUGGAAACCAUCGGCAAGAUAAUUUAUAUUUUAAACUUAUUCCUCUUUCUCGCGGUCACAACAUGCAUGAUUCUCCGCUUCGUCUCCAAGCGCAGCGCCCUCAAAGAAUCAUUCCAAAGCGGCCAUGAAACCUAUUUCGCAUCGACAUGCCUACUAUCGAUCGCAACCAUAAUUCUCGGAGCAGAAAGCUACGGAAGUAACUCCUGUGGCCCCUGGCUACAAGUAGCUCUGCGAAUCGUCUUCUGGAUCUAUGUCGCGCUCUCCACCCUCCUGGCUAUAUCCCACAAUUGGUAUCUGUACCAUCUGGCCAUGGCAAAAAAGCAGCCAUUCCCAAUCGUACAACUUCUGCCCUCUUUCCCAGCCAUGCUCUCCGGUACCAUCGCUUCAUCCAUUGCCGCCAGUCAACCACGGGACCAAGCAUUGCCAAUUCUCAUCGGUGGCGUAACAUUACAAGGCUUUGGAUUUAUAAAGUCUCUGCUCAUCUACGGCGAAUACCAGUACUUCCUCGCCAAGCGCGGUCUCCCAGAGCGGUCUAAGCGCCCACAGAUGUUCAUUGCUGUCGGGCCGUGGAGCUUCACUGCUCUUGCUUUAAUCGGAAUGGCAAAGGAGGCAGUGGAAAUUUUCCCUUCACGAUAUAUCAUUUCCUACGCGGAUCCCGAGUCUAUUGGGAGUGUCACUCUUAGCACCGGUGACAUUGCCGUAAUGAUGGCCUCUUUCGUCGCUAUCUUCGUUUGGACUAUGGCUUUUUUCCAUUUCUGCAUUGCUCUUGUCAGUGUUUUAGCGUCUGCUAGAGUGUUUGGGGGCGAGGGAGCCCCUCCCAUGUCAGUUGUGUAUUGGGCUAUGGUAUUCCCUAAUACUGGGUUCGUUAUAGCGACUAUUAGUAUCGGACAGGUGUUGCAGUCCGAAGGUAUCCUGUGGGUUUCAUCUAUUAUGACGGUAUUACAGGUCGCAAUGUGGUUAGGUGUGGGGAUUACCACUAUAGUUGCGAUUGUCAGGCGUAAGAUGUUAUGGCCGGAAGAUGUCAAGAGAUGUGCCUAG